CGACGAAAUACUGAGUGUAUGAAAGAUGAAAAAUAAAAGGGAAAGAGUUUGCAGUUGUUUGAAAAAAGAUCAAUGCUCGAUCAGUCGUGGGAAACAAUUGUGAAGUAUGCUUUGCUGCUUAAAAAAUUGUUCAACGUAAUAUCGCAUCACGAACUGAUUGUCAGCAUAUUCAGAAGUUAAGAAAUGCUAUUUUUAAUAUGCAUCAAACAAGGCGAUGAAGUAUCACUGUCGAGUUAUGCGUUGAAUGGUGUAUAUCCGGAUGGUGAAAAUUUCAUUGGUACCAAUAACCAAACAACGAAAACCACUGAAGAUCGUAGGAUGCCAGCUUACAGAGCUGCCAUGCUGGAAGUUUGCCAGUUGCAGUUGAAAAUCUGCUCGAAAUUAAUUGAACUAGCUUCACCGUCCUGUCCAACAUUGUUUGGUCUUAAAACGUUUAAACCUUCAACAUUGAAAAGGCUUGCUGGACGGUCCAUUUUGCUCCAUCCUUAUGGCUUAAUUGGAAUAUUUUGCCGUAAGUCUGGAACUGAUGGUGAUAUUGGUAUUGCUGAUAAUGAUAACGGUGGAUCAUGUUACCAUCAAAUGCUUCCCAAUGAGCUGAUCAAAUUUUUGCAAAAUGGAGCUAUGGAUUACGACUGAAGUUACAUUUGUCAAUGAAACGAAGAUUGAUGAUUGUGAAUAGAAAUCCUUCCUGGACUAUUACUGUUUGCGCUUAAGUGAUCUGUAUUUUACAGCAUUGUGAACUUCAAGGAAAAUGUAAUUUAGUUAAAUAUGCUGAAACUACCUUGUCUCUUUACCUUAUUUGCAAAUAGCGAAGGGAUAUCAUGAAAUUUUAAAAACUUUAAAAGGAAAAACAAUUUUUUUUUGAGAAAGGAAUCUGUUUAAUAUGUUUCUUUAGUCCUAAAAUUUGAAGUUGUUGACCUUGAAUAUGAAUUUGUGUUUAAUACUAGUAGAAAGUAAAUGAUUAAACUUGCUUACUCUGUACGUUUUAAUCGCAAAUCGAAUUUUUACAUCAUUUUAUGUACAAGAUUUCAUUUUUCCAUUUCAUUUAUAAUAGUUAUUUCCAGUGUUGACUCUUUUGAUUCUUAGCUAGCGGGAUGGAUAAUCAUCUUAUUUUGACCUUCAUCAUUGACUGAAGUGUUGUUUUUUCGUCCUGAAAGAUGUCCUAUGCUGUCCUUUCCUCUGGGUAUUUUUUGGAAAAUAGCCUGUCCAACUAUAUCGUAUCUUUCGGAUUAUCACUUUCUGUCCGUUUUGUAAUUCUUGCUUGCCUUAUCGAAUCCAUUAUUGUAUGUAUGUUUUGCACUUUUGGACUAGAUUCAAUUUCAUAUGGAUGUCCCAAUGCAGCUUAGAAAAUAUGCGGUGAUUUUCUAAUGGGUAAUGACAUAAUUGAACUACACAGUUUCCGC